AUGCUCCAACUCUGGGAGAGCGAGGCUGAUCUGCAGAAUCGCCAAAAGCUGAAGCGUAAGCUCGAAGAGGAAGAACCGUACAACACCGCCGCAGGACGCAAACGGGCAAAGCAGAAAGCGAUCGAGCAGGCCAUUCUCGACCGGAAGACAGGCAAAACGCGGCGUACGAAGAGACAUAGAGCGGCCCCCAACCCUGUGCCGCGUGGAUUGCUUUCACUCGACGGCGACAGCUCCGAAGAUGUAGGAGAGGAGGACAUAUUGAAGGGACUUGGAGGCAAUGGUGUAUCAGGCCAAGCACCUGCGGAUGUUGUGCAGCCAGGUGCUACCCACACAAAGAAGCAGCGCAGCAAGAAGAAGACAAGGCGAGCGGAUGCGACCUCGCAUCAAAAGAAGGGCGUUGCGCCGCUACAGGAGGUACACGUCAACGCAAAGGGAGGGAACAAUAGAUUGGAGGCCGAUGGACAUGAUGCUCAGGAGGUAGACAACGCCGACAGCGCAAGUGUCGAGCGGAACGAAGGGUCCAUCUCAACUCACCUGCCAAUUAGAGAGACGGCAACGGAGGACCAUGAUGACGAACACCAGCAGACGACGGCAAUGAAUCUGGUUUCGCAAGGGCACGAGCGGACGCACACGCAACCACUGGAUGCUGCGCAGCAGGAGGCACAGAAACGGGAGAGCGAAGAGCGGGCACGAGAUCGCAAACGGCGCAGGAGGGAGCGCAAGCGGGCCAAGAGGGCGAUCAGGAGGCAGCUGGAAGAGGAGACGAGGCCGAGAAGCGCCCCGGUGGAGGGUAGUGGCAAGGCGGCGUAUUUCCAAAAGAAACGAGAGCGGGCGAAAGUCAAAGCGGCUGCCAGGCGGGAGAGGAUCAAGAAUGGCGAGCAGGCGUCUUUGCGCUCUCUCGAAGUCACCGGCACCCGCGACCCAGCCCAACGCGCCGCCUUCUCCACCACCGCCCCCCUCUCCGCCGGGCCACCACCGCCGAAGAAGCAGGGCGCGCUCAAGAAAGGCCGCACGCUCAAACUCGCAAAGAACACGCGCGGCGCUACUGCGCGACCUCCGGCAGUAGGCGAGCGAAAAGCUCUGAAGAAGCGGAUCGUGCUGAGCAACACCAACGCACUGCGGAUCGAAGGGCUGCCCGACUUCACAGGAGACAAGCUGGUACGGCAUGAGCCCGGGACUGUGGCCCUCGACAAGUUCCGGGGUCAGGUGCUUGGCUUGAAUGAUGAUACCGUCGAUGCGCUGCGGGCACUCGAGUCCUUCAAGCCCUCGCAGGCGUGGAGUUUGUUCAGACGCCCUGCGAGUCUCGUGAGAGCGGAGACGGCGCAGUUGGCCAAUCUGAUGGCUGAUGCUGAAGGCGAUGGGAAGAAGGUGGCAAGGAAAGUUAUGUACGGUUCUCGAGGGAACGGAAAGAGCGUGAUGCUCCUGCAGGCGCACGCCAUGGCUUUCCUGAAAGACUGGCUGGUCAUCCACGUUCCAGAAGCGCAGGACCUCACCAACGCACACACAUCGUAUCAGCCGGUCUCCAGCCCCGAUGGACCCAUCUACAUCCAGCCACACUACACCGCAAAGCUACUCUCGAACAUUGCUCGCGCGAACCAAAAACUACUCUCCAGCCUCCAGCUCAGCAAGCAGCACCGCCUUCCCGUUCCGGUGCAGUCCAAUAUGUCACUCUCCCGCUUUGUCGAACUCGGUGCUCAAGAUCCGGACCUUGCGUGGCCCAUCUGGCAAGCCCUCUGGUCCGAACUCACCGCGCCCUCCCAGUCGCAGUCCAAAGAAGGCCUUAACCGCCCGCCUGUCCUGGUUACCAUGGACGGUGUCGACCAGGCGAUGAGGAACUCCGCUUACCUCGACAGCGACGUCAACCCCAUUCACGCCCACGAUUUGGCUCUGCCCCGCGACUUCGUGAGUCUGCUCUCCGGCCAGACCUCUCUUCCGAACGGCGGCAUGGUGCUCGCCGCGACGUGCGACUCGAACCGCGCCUCCGCGCCCACACUGGACCAUUGCCUUGCGCACGCGUACGCGGUGCAGAACGAGACCGAGCCACCGAGCUGGGACCCUUUUGUUGCCAAGGAUGCCAAAGUCGAAGCUGCGUUGGAGGGUGUGGAGGCGCUGAAACUUCCCGGGAUCAGCAAGUCAGAGGCAAGGGGCGUGAUGGAGUACUACGCUCAGAGUGGCCUAUUGCGUAACACCGUGACGGAGGGUUUGGUCAGCGAGAAGUGGACAUUGGCUGGUUCUGGAAUCAUUGCUGAGUUGGAGAAGGCAACUGUCAGAGCGAGAUUUAACUGA